UUCCUAGGCUAAGGGUAGAGAUGAGAGGUAAAGGUGAAUAAUGGAUUCUCCACAGUGUGAGCAGAGGACCACAAAGGUCUCUCUAGCAGAGAUUCUGAGGUGCUUUGAACACCCUAUAAGCGAGGAGCAAGCCUGGGCUAUCUGCUUUCAGUGUUGCCGUAAGAUGGAACAGUUGGCUCAGGGGCUGUGCCCGCCACUCCAUGCUGUAUUCAUAAAAGGUCCUGGAAGCAUCUUUCUCCAUGCUGAUGGUACUGCUUCCUUCAAGGUGUACCACAAGUCUGAUGUUGGGAGCAUUCAGCAGUCAGAGGACAAGCUGUUGGAGUACUUGGGAGUGGUGAUCUAUGAAGCCCUGGACUGGGGAAUCGACAGCCAAGUGGAGCGAGAACUGAGUGACCCUUUGGAGAAGCUGCUGUGCCUCAUGUUGAAACUGGAUGAUGAGGCAAUGAAACCAGCAGUCACCCUGCAGGAUGUUAUCAAGGUCUGUGAAGGGCACUUGUCCAGGCCUUCAGAGGCUACCAGCCACUAUGAAAUGACCUGUAAGACUCUGUUCACCGAAUAUAUGGAACUUCAGAAGCUUGUGACCAUCAUCCAGACCUCCAAAGAGAGUCUGAGGAAAAUGGAUGUGGAAGAUUUGGUGGAGAAACCCCUUCAGAAGAAGGAAGAACACCAGGCAUCCCUGUGGCCCAACGUCAUCUGCGAACUGCAGAGCGGCGUGAGGCUGCGCAAGUCCGCUGAGCGACCGCCACGUAGUGUGCCUCCAAAAGAACGGAUCCGCUCUCCCUGUGAAUUACUUUUGGAUGAUAUUCGGCACCAGCGGUACACCCUUCGGAAGGUGAUCACCCAGCAAAAACACAGGAUGCCCAAAGCUGAUGUAGCUGCUCCCAAGCCUCAGCUAAAGCCUAUAGGAGUUCAGGUGCUGGAGAGGAAUCUGAAAGAGCGUGUGCCGGAGGAGUCCAGCUGGCAUGAACAGCUCAUGGCAGAAAGAAAACAACCACAGAGGCUUUGGUCAGCAGCAGCAAGAGAAAAUGGGAGCAGGCCCAAAGGUACCUGCUGCAAAGUGACAUGUCAAAUCUGUUUCAGCUGCCAUAAGCAGAUGUUUCUGAAGUGGCCUUACAGCUGUUACCUCUGCAGCAGUGUUGUCUGCUGUGACUGCUGCAUCAAGAUGUCCAUGCCCUUCAGAACAUGUGUACAUAUCCCACUUCACCUCCUAAAACUUCUGAGACUCUCCAGAGAGGAGGACCCAGCUACUCAAGAGCAGAAGAACUUGGAGCUGCUGCAUGAAAUAGAGCACGGGGAGCGUUUUGG